UUAUCUGUGACGUUGUUUGACGCCAGCUUUACUGUCAAAUGAAUGGGAUAUCCAAUAAAAUUAAAGCUUUUUAAAAUUAACAGGAAGUCGUUCUUGUUUAACAGACACUCGGUGAUAUCUGACUUCGAUCUGCUUUUUGAUUAUGGCCCAGAAUAUUAAUCCACAUUACGCGUCUUCGUCAAAUCCCGCCAAACAAAACGAGGACACAAUAAAAUUGAACGACAAUCAUGCUGUAAGCAAACGACUUCAAAAGGAGCUUAUGGAGUUGAUGCGUUGUUCAGAUAAAGGAAUAUCAGCAUUCCCGGAAAGUGAAAAUCUAUUUAAAUGGAUAGGCACAAUACACGGUCCUGAAGACACGGUGUACGAGGGGCACAAAUAUAAACUCUCAUUGGAAUUCCCUAAUUCAUAUCCUUAUGCACCUCCUAUAGUUAAAUUUGUGACACCCUGUUUUCAUCCCAACGUAGAUACAUGUGGUUUAAUAUGUUUGGACAUUUUAAAAGACAAAUGGACCGCCCUGUAUGAUAUUCGGACGGUACUCAUAUCAAUCCAAAGUCUCCUAGGUGAACCAAAUACGUUGAGCCCACUCAAUCAGCAAGCGUCAUAUCUAUGGUCGAACCAACCCGCCUACAAAAAGUAUUUAGAUGAAUUUUAUAAUAAGAACAAAGAUUCGUAGUUUGGAGUGAGUUUUCUGGUUAUGAUUUGCAAUGAACUUUUUUUUAUUUUGUGAUCAGUUGCUUUUUAUGGGAAUAGGAAAUUAUUAUCUUUGUCUCACUUAUUAGAGUUGGAAACUGACCUUCUUUGUCUUCUUAUUAAUAAAAAGUGAUUGGAGAAAAACAGCCAUAUAUUUGUGAAUUUAAAAAUAUUGUUUUUUUUUGUUUUACUAAUUUCGGUCUAGAUUUAAUACUAUUUGAGUGGAAAUGUCUGUAGGGAAAUAUUAAUUUCUUUUCUUUUGGACACUUCAGUAUAACUUGGAAAUACUUUACUUUAAAGAGAAAUAAACAGCAUCUGUAUUUU